AUGGAAUCAGGCUUCGCGGACGAGGAGUCGCGUGCUCCAGGCCAAGGAUCGGACGAGCUGAUUCAGCAGGAAAAUGAGGCAGCGGAAGCGAAGCAGGAGUCGCAGGACCAGGACACGUCAAUGGUGGAGGACACGGAAGAAACGGCUGUCAAGCAACAAUCGACUGAGGGAGAUGCUGCGCCCGUCUCAGACAACCCUCUCGAUGCGCCUGAGGCACCUGCGCCGGAGAAUGCAGAUGAAGCUGGCGAGGAUGAGGAGAUGGGAGACACCAAGGAAGGGACUCCUGCUGUCGAGCCCACCACGGCCGUGACCAAGACUGCAGCAGAACAAUCCGCGCGAUCGCAUCUGAUCGAUCAAAACCACGCCAUCAUUCUGCCGUCCUACAGCGCGUGGUUCGACAUGCACCAAAUCCAUAACUUAGAGCGCAAAGCACUUCCCGAGUUCUUCAAUAACCGCAACAGAAGCAAGACACCUGCAGUGUACAAAGACUACCGAGACUUCAUGGUCAACACAUACAGGCUGAACCCAGCAGAGUACCUGACCGUGACCGCAUGUAGACGAAACUUGGCUGGAGACGUGUGCGCAAUCAUGAGAGUGCACGCGUUCCUGGAGCAGUGGGGACUCAUAAACUACCAGAUCGAUCCAGACACGAGGCCAUCGAACAUAGGGCCCCCAUUCACUGGGCAUUUCCGCAUCACGGCCGAUACACCUCGAGGGCUACAGCCACAUCAACCGGCGGCUGGGAGCACCAUCACACCUGGAAAGCCUUAUGCGGGCACCGAGCGACUAGCGAUAGCUGGGAAAGCAGACCUCAACCUGGAAGUGCGACGAAACAUCUACGAUGACAAGGGCAAAGACGUGACCCCUGCCAAAGCAGAAGGUGCGGAGUCUAAUGGUGAGGCGACGAAGAGCUUAGAGGACAGCCUAAAGCAAGAUGGCAAGCAGUACUUCUGCUAUUCGUGCGGGAAGGACUGCACACGUGUGCGGUAUCACAACUCAAAGAACCCACCUGCAAGUGCAACGACACCGAAACCGAGUAAAGAACAGCGAUACGACCUGUGUAGUCUCUGUUUUCAGGAGGGAAGGUUUCCCAGCUCGACCACCGCAGCAGACUAUGUCAAGCUCGAGAAUGAGCGAUACCAAAGCAUCGGAGACAAGGAGUCGUCCUGGACAGAUUCUGAGCUCCUGCUCCUCUUGGAAGGCCUGGAGAUGUUUGAUGACAAUUGGGAGUCGGUUGCUGACCACGUCGGAUCGAGGACGCGAGAGGAGUGCGUACUCAAGUUCUUGCAACUCGAAAUCGAGGAUAAGUAUCUUGAGGAAACACCCACGGCCAAUGGCAGUGCAGGCGCUGCUUCGUCCGAUUUGGCAUAUCUAUCGGGCGGCCGACUGUCAUUUAGCCAGUUUGACAACCCUGUCAUGUCUGUCAUGAGCUUCCUUGCAGGCAUAGCAGACCCAGCGACCACUGCCAAGGCCGCCGGCAAGAGCGUUGAGGAAGUCCGCAGGACUCUCAAGCAGCGUCUGGACAAGGAAGCCGAACCAGGUGCUGAGAAGGACACAGAAAAGGAGAAGGAGGGCUCUGCGCAAGCAGAACAAGUCAAGCCUGAAGGACAGGACGAUAGGAUGGACGUGGACGACACAACAUCGCUCGCCACCCGCUCGCCACCCACAUCUCACGAUCUCCCCACGACUGCACUUUCUCUCACUGCCGCACGAUCUGCAGCUCUCGCCUCGAACACCGAGCGACAGCUAUCGAACCAGGUGUCCGCAGCCGUCAAUCUGCAACUACAAAAGAUGGAACUCAAACUCCAACAGUUCAGCGAGAUGGAAGCUCUUUUGCAAGCCGAACGCCGCGAAGUGGAACGUAUGCGGCAACGCCUCUUCCUGGACCGCCUUCAGUUCCGUAAGCGUGUGCGGGAGGCAGAAACCAAGCUUGCCGGCAUGAAGAUCAGCGUCCCUGCUGGCGAAAAGCUAUCCAUGACCGCUGAGGGCGCCACGACCGGAGAGACCGCGCCUUUCGAAGAUGGCAUGGAGGGGUUCAUGAAACAUGAAUUGUAG